GGGAAAAAAAACAAAAAAAACAAACAAACACACGGGUUAGCCUAGCAGUCUUCAGCACACAUAUAGCGCUGGUGAUGAAACCGACGCAGAAAAGCUCAACUAGCAGUAAAAAUAGAAUGCGUAGCGUGAGAAUUAGACGGUGAAAUAUGUUCGCUGGUGUUAGGGUUCGUUGACCAGGUGUCUCGGCUCCACCAUGAAUCUAAGAGGACUCUUUCAGGACUUCAAUCCCAGUAAGUUCUUGAUCUACUCGUGUCUGCUGCUCUUCUCUGUGCUGCUCUCUUUGAGGCUGGAUGGCGUCAUCCAGUGGAGCUACUGGGCCGUGUUCACGCCAAUCUGGCUAUGGAAGCUGUUGGUCAUCUUCGGGGCGUCAGUGGGCACCGGUGUGUGGGCCCACAACCCUCAGUACAGAGCCGAGGGCGAGACAUGUGUGGAGUUCAAGGCCAUGCUGAUCGCCGUGGGCCUUCACGUCCUGCUGCUGAUGUUCGAGGUUCUGGUGUGCGACCGCGUGGCCCGAGGAAACUACUUCUGGCUGCUGGUCUUCAUGCCGCUCUUCUUCGUGUCGCCCGUCUCCGUCGCGGCGUGCGUCUGGGGCUUCAGACACGACCGCUCUCUGGAGCUGGAGGUGUUGUGUUCCGUUAACAUCCUGCAGUUCAUCUUCAUCGCUCUGAAGCUGGACAGGAUCAUCAACUGGCCCUGGCUGGUGGUGUGUGUCCCUCUCUGGAUCCUGAUGUCCUUCCUGUGCCUUGUCGUCCUCUACUACAUCAUCUGGUCGGUCCUCUUCCUCCGCUCCAUCGACAUCAUCGCCGAGCAGCGGCGGACUCACAUCACCAUGGCGAUCAGCUGGAUGACCAUCGUCGUGCCGCUGCUCACCUUCGAGAUCCUGCUGGUCCACAAGUUGGACGGCCACAACAGUCUGAGCUACGUGUGUGUGUUCGUCCCUCUGUGGCUGUCUCUGCUCACACUCAUGGCCACCACCUUUGGACAGAAGGGAGGGAACCACUGGUGGUUUGGCAUCCGCAAAGACUUCUGCCACUUCCUGCUGGAGCUCCUCCCCUUCCUGCGAGAGUACGGCAACGUGUCGUAUGACCUACAGCGCAGCGAGGACCCCGAGGCGACCGAGGACCUACCCGUGCCCGAGCCGCCGCCCAAGAUCGCGCCCAUGUUCCACAAGAAGAGCGGCGUGGUGAUCACGCAGAGUCCCGGGAAGUACUUUGUCCCGCCGCCCAAACUCUGCAUCGACAUGCCGGACUAGCGGUGACUCGGCGGGAAACGUGGCACGCUGCUGUGCGUCCUGCUCCGAGCCAAAGCAGCAGAGGACGGCGCGCUCGGUUUUUAAUCCACUGUCCCCGCCCCCCACCCCCCUCCCCUUUUUUGCCCGAACUCAGCCUGAGACGCCGGCGCCACGUCGACGAUCAUCACCUGAUGGGAAAUCGUCAGUUACUUUGAAGCAAACCCCCCUCCUCCUAGGUCAAACGCGGCGUCCCCUUCACCGUGUGGUUUCAUUCUUCUGAGGACGGCGCAAGGACAGACCUCCACGGGGUGGGGGGGACAGAAGUCACCCACGGUGUCAAUAUUUGACUGUAGCAGGGACGAUGCUCGGGGACCAUUGAAGACAGACGGAGACACUUUGGUCUGAAUCUGGGAUCAGUUUUACUCCUGUUGCUCUCGUUUGUUUUUUUUUAGUGUAAAUGGAAGAAAAUGGGACGCGGUUUUAAAGGAAAGGUCGAGGUUUUUUUCACGUCCCGUCUCACAGGCUGCUCGAGUGGAAACCCUUAAAGUGCAAAUCCGUACAAAUUACGGCAACGGGGCGUUGCUCAUUGGCAAUACAGCAUCGCACGCCUCCCCCCGCGCGCUCCCCGACUUGUGUGGGGACACGAGGGCCUGAUUAGUUUUUUCUUUUUAAGCCGCACGAGAGAAAGAUUCAGCUUCACGGGUUUCCACGCUGAGGACAGACGUGAGAAAACGUCUUUCCUUUAAAGGACAGAUCAGUGGAGAAGGCACUUUGUUGAACAGUUUAAAUCUCAUCCGUUUUUGUAUUCCUGUGUCUUUUUUCUGUUUUGUUUUAAAUGUAAAGGUUGUUUUCAGGUUCGGGACCACGGUGACGACGCAGAAAAACAAAACAAGUGUUUUUUUUUGUUUGUUUGUUUUUUUUGUUCUUUUUCUUUAAUUCUCUUCUGUGUUUUUGUUAAACUCAGGAGUUUUAAACACGUGAUACUGCGUUGUUUCUGUUUGUUUUUAUAUCGUUUAUGGACUCUAAGCCCCGCCCCCCUGUCAUGUUAACCCUAACCCGGCAGAUUAAAAUCACACACGGAAUAAGAUGGUCAUAAAAGUGCAUUUUUUGGGGCCAAAUCCUCCAAAUAUCAGCGACAGCAGCAGAACAUGUUUUAUAAUCCAGACCCGAACCAGAUUGAGUAGAGAGUUAAACUCCUGAGAUUCCCUGUGUGUGUGUGUUUUUUCAGAUUUUGUCACUUGUGAAACAACCUGACUGCCGACGUCCUGCAUCCUGUUUGUAAACAUUUGUUCUUUUCUGAUUUGUUCAUCGUACUCAAAGUAAAGCUUAUGCAACGUGA